AUGACUGAUAGACAACUAGUGUUUCCAAAGACAUUACGGGUUUCCCCAGCCCAAUCCUCAACCCUCCCUCCAGAUGCUCAGCCAGAGAAGGCACCAAAAUCCUCCAAUGAAUCAGAACAAAGUGGAAAAGAAUACUAUUCAUCAUCUUCCUCCACUUCAGAGGAAUCAGACUUUACUAAAGAAAAUGUUACUGUGGCAGAGGAUGGUAUCAGCAGAGAUGGAGACAGGGCAACUGACGUGGUGUCGUCUGGAACUGAACAAAACAAGUCAAAGACUCUGACAGUGGGCGGCACCCCACCCUUACGCCGUCUACCUCCUAAGGGGACCCAGCAACGCCGUCCACACCCAAAUAUGGGAGCAUUCCCAAACAGGACACGAACAAACCUGAGACCUCCUCAGCAUCCAUCAAGAGGCCCCAUACGCAGACCUUUCCCACCUAAACUGACAAACAGGGACAAUGGCAUCAUCGUUCAAACCACUCAACCAGGGGAGCAGGGCUCCUACAGUACCAGCCAGAAUGACACAAACACAGACCUUAAGCCCAAAACUCUCCUCAAGAAAACAAAUGCCACAGCUAGUAAAAUAGCACGAGGUCAAACAUACAUGAGAAAUAAUGGUAGCUUGAGCCAAAGGGGCCAAGAUUCAAAAACAGGCCAUCCUGACAAAGGCAGCCAAGUGAGGAAGACUGCUGAUUCAAGAGACAGCCCAAGCCCGAUAAAUGGAUCAGAUGUCACUACUACUGGAAAAACAGGCCAGCCUCUAAACUCAGUGGGGGUUCAAAGCAUAACCUCAGCAGGGUCCGUACUCGUUUGGGGAGCACCAGAGGGGAUGUACAGAAAUUUCAUAGUAACCCGGGAAGAGCAUGGAAGUAAGAAUGAGGCAGAGGAAGAGGAGGAGAAGGAAGAGGAUGAGGUGGAGAGUGAGUCAGAGGAGGAUAGUCAGGAGGAAAGGGAGGGGGAGGCACAAACUGAGAAGGAGAACAGGGGGAAUGAGGAGGAAAGUGAAAUGGGGGUGAGUCAAGGUAAGGAGGGAGGGGAGGAGAACACUGUUACCAAUAGCAAAAGUGAUAACCAUAGACAGAGCAGCGACAGUAAUACAGCUAAAGUUGGUGACGGAGGUACAAUCAAGUUCUCCAAAGUCCUUCCGGGGUCGGCUCGCUCAUUCCCAUUCCAGAAUCUCCAUCCACAGACCCGCUAUUCCCUGUCCGUGUUUGGGAAGGGUCCCGGACUACGCUCCAAAAUUCACAGACUCAUCGUCAGCACAGGUACUGGCCAUAGUUAAAACUCUACCAACUACUACAAGGGUUCAUUAGCUCAUUGUUCAAGCACAGGACUUCUCUUUUCUUGAACUAUGCAAGUUAUUCAAGACACCCAAGUUAGAUGCCGAUACAUCCUCACACCAUUUUAGGUGAGGUAUACUUGCACAGCUGCUUGAUCCAUAUCCAUUUCAAGAGCCAUCACACUCUUGAUACUGUAACUUCCUGAAUUACAGUACUUCAUCAUGUUUGUUGUUAAUUUGCAUCAUCUGCUUAUUGAUACGGUGAGCUGUGUUUGUUUUGUUUUGUCUUUGACAACCAAAGGCUUUUAAUUAAAGCAAUGUCCAAAGCUUUAAUGACAAAAUAUGCAAUGACCAAAUAGUCAUGCAUCUGUACUAAUCAUUUGUAUUUAAUGUUAACCCCUUGUUUAUGCCAUGUUGUGCAGUGAUGCGUGCAACUGUGAUGUGUGGUGUUCAUACUGGGUGCAUUGUGGAAAAACAGGUAUGAUUGCCAAAACACACAGGGGAGAUGGGCUGUUGCUAACUGGGAUACUACUUGAAGUGCGUCCCAUCAACAAAUGUGAGCAUAUAAGUUCAUCAUUUCCUAAAUGUAGGUUAUGUUGAAGGAUACUCUUUCAUAAAGGUCAUUUCUGAAAUAUAAUCUAUAAUUAUUACAUGUGUAACAGUUGCAGAUCCAGGUUUUUGAUCAGUGAUAAAUCUUACACAAUAAACACAUGAUUAUAUAGUCCUCCUGGUCCAUAUACAACAUAUCAUAAACAGCCUGUGUUUUCCAUUUUGUACAUGUACAGUAUGUCAACCCAAACACAUCCAUGUGUUAAGCACAUACAGUGCCUUCAGAAAUUAUUCAAAUUAUUCUUACCCUUUCACUUUGUUGUGUUACAGCCUGAAUUCAAAAUGGAUUCAUUCUUUUUUUUUUACCCAUCUACACACAAUACCCCAUAAUGACAAAAUGAAAACAUGUUUUUAGAUUUUUUUUCAAAUGUAUUGAAAAUUAAAUACAGAAAUAUCUAAUUUACAUAAGUAUUCACACCCCUGAGUUAAUACUUUGUAAAAGCACUUUUGGCGGCGAUUACAGCUGUGAGUCUUUUUGGGUAAGUCUCUAAGAGCUUUUCACACCUGGAUUGUACAAUAUUUGCCCAUUAUUCUUUAAAGAAUUCUUCAAGCUCUGUCAAGUUGAUUGUUGAUCAUUGCUAGUCAGCCAUUUUCAAGCCGAUUUAUGUCAUAACUGUAAUUAGGCCACUCUGGAACAUUCAAUGUCGUCUUGGUAAGCAACUCCAGUGUAGAUAUGGCCUUGUGUUUCAGGUUAUUGUCCUACUGAAAGGUGAAUUAAUCUCCCAGUGUCUGUUGGAAAGCAGACAACCAGGUUUUCCUCUAGGAUUUUGCCUGUGCUUAUAGCUGGAUUCUGUUUCUUGUUUUGGAAUAUUUGUAUUAUGUACAGGCUUAAUUAUUUUCACUCUGCCAUUUAGGUUAGUAUUGUGGAGUAACUACAAUGUUGUUGAGCCAUCCUCAGUUUUCUGAUAUCACAACCAUUAAACGCUAACCAUUUUAAAAUCACCGUUGGCCUAAUGUUGAAAUCCCUGACCAGUUUCCUUCCUCUCCGGCAACUGAGUUAGGAAGGACGCCUGUAUGUUUGUAGUGACUGGGUGUAUUGAUACACCAUCCAAAGUAUAAUGAAUAACUUCACCAUGCUCAAAGGGAUAUUCAGUGUCUGCUUUUAAAAUUGUAUUACCCAUUUACCAAUAGGUGCCCUUCUUUGCGAGGCAUUGGAAAACCUCCCUGGCCUUUGUGGUUGAAUCAAGACAUUUCAGCUUUUCAUUUUUAAUUAAUUUGUAAAAAGUUAAAAUACAUAAUUCCACUUUGACAUUAUGGGGUAUUGUGUGUUGGCCAGUAACAAGAAAAUCAAAAUUUACUCAUUUUAAAUUCAGGCUGUAACACAACAAAAUGUGUAAAAAGUCAAGGGGUGUGAAUACUUGAUACACCAUCCAAAGCCAAAUUGAUAAAAACAUUUAUAUAUUUUUUAUCAAUCCAUUUUUUUUCUAUCAAUCUUUGCGAAACAUUGAAAAACCUUCCUGGUCUUUGUGGUUGAAUCUGUUCUUGAAAUUCACUACUCGAUUGAGGGACCUUAUAGAUAAUUGUAUGUGUGGGUUACAGAGCUGAGGUAGUUAUUCAAAAAUCAUGUUAACACUGUUAAUCAGUCCAUGCAACUUAUUAUGCAAUUUGUUAAGCACAUUUUUACUCCUGAACUUAUUUAGGCCUGCCAUAACAAAGGGGUUGAAUACUUAUUGACUCAAGACAUUUCAGCUUUACAUUUGUAUACAUUUCUAAAAUGUUCUACAAACAAAAUUCCACUUUGACAUUAUGGGGUAUUGUGUGUUGAUCAGUGACACAACAUCUCAAUUUAAUACAUUUUAAAUUCAGGCUGUAACAAAACAAAAUGUGGAAAAAGUAAAGGGGUGUGAAUACUUUCUGAAGGCACUGUACUGAUGAAAAUUACUUUGAUAUUCUUGAGACCAUCUAAAAGACUUAAACCAUUCAGCCACAACCGCCAUUCACUGCUGGUCUGAUCUUCUCUCACUUAGGGUAAGCUUUAAAUCAGCAAUCUUCAUUGGCUCCCUUCAUCACUCACAAAACCCAGGGUAAGACCAUGGUUGGUCUCUAUGGUUUUUCCUGAUCUUAAGUGUGAAAUGUACAGAUUUUAAUCCUAUGAGUAAUUUAAAAAAUAUAUAAAUAUUUAAAAAAAAAUGAAAUUCCACAAGGUUUUAACGAUUAGCUAUUUUUUUUGUUUUUUUCAGAGCGUGAGGUCUCAAAUGUUUUUUGGAAUCAUUAUGGCAGGAUUCUGCUCACUCAAGGUUGAAAAUCUGUUGGUCAACACAUUUCUUAUUCCUUAGAAAUUAUCUUUCUCUUGCUUUAUCUCUCCUAUUCAUGUAUUCAAAUAAUUUGUGGUCAACUGUAUGUCAACAUCUCUUCGAUUUUUCCUGUCUUCUGUUAUAACUAUUUUAACUUUUUCUCUUUCCUACCAACUUCUUUUUUUUUCAGGAUCAAAAGACCAGCUCAACAUUAAUAUCUCAUUAUUUUCCAUUGCUUCUUUCCAGGGUCCAACAUCUGCAUUUAACAGUGACACCUUUGUCUGUUUUAGUAUAUGCUGUACUGCAUAUACUGUAUAUAUGUUUGCACUGUACAUAUAUACACAAACUCAAUGGAGCACUAAUAAUAACAGCGUGAGUAAAGUAUGGGUGCACCUACAUUUUAGGGCAUAUUGACCACAGGAGGUAGGGCAUAUUGACCCCAGGAGGUUUUUACCUUCCUUUCUUUCUUCCUGUUUUUAUUUGUCUUCCUUUGUUUUUGUGUCUUUCUUUGUGUCUUUAUUUGUCUUUCUAUCUUUUUCCUUCUUUUGUUUCUCUUUUUCGCUCUCAAUCACACACGUCAUUCCCGUGCCAUGCCCAGGUCCAGAGCCUCCCUCAGGUCUUCUCUUCAGUGAAGUGACUGAGACGUCUUUCUCUGUGUCCUGGACCAAGCCAAAAAGUCCAGUGAGUGGCUUCAAGGUCACCUACACUCACACACAGGAAGGUAGGACCUUAUACAGAUAUUCUGGAGGUCAAAAUCCUGGCUGUUGUCACGUCAGUUCAUUGUGUAUUCUUUACAUCUGUAGAAGACUUCAUAUUUCGCAAUUUGCCUGUUCUAUUCCAGGCGAGCCUGUCUCCGUAACGGUGGACUCUGGGGAUUCCACUCUGGCACUGUCAAAGCUCUCUCCGGGGUCCACCUAUGAGGUCAGUGUGAUAUCCAUCCUUGGACUGGACGAGAGCGAUGCAAUCAAAGACCUGGUUAUGACACGUAAGUUUACUGUUGACUUUCAGUUUUAGGAUUAAUGCUAAUUUACAGGAAGUUAAAUUAUAGUAAGUUAUCAAGACUUUCAACAUCCACUUUUUUUGGUCCAUUGUGGUGUCUCGGUCAACUAAUUUAAGUUAAGCAUUAAAAACCACAUUAGUGAUUUGUUUCUUACUUUCAUGGGUUCUGUGUUCUCAUAAUUGUUCUAACAGGUGCAGGAUCUGGGAAAGAUCUGUGCAUUUUCAUAUUUUCUCAAAGGUCUAUUCUGGAGCUGUUUCAAUUUCAAUAUCUAAAUACUUUUUAGCAAGAAUAGGAUUCCUAUGUACAGUACGUUGCGAAAUCUAAUUAUAUAUCAAAGGGGUUUGAUUUCACAUAGUGAUAACUAAUGCUCACUUUCUCUUGCCUUCAUUUUUCAAACCCAAACUUAGUCCCUGACCCUCCAACGGAUCUCCAGGCCAUUAAUGUCACAGACACCAAGGCCUUGCUGCUAUGGCGACCAGCACUGGCAACGGUUGACCGUUACGUCAUAGUUUAUGGCUCUGAAAAAGGUAACGGGGAUCACAGGUUGGAUAUUCAUCACAAUAUCCUGUGGGACUUUUUAAACCCCUAGCCGUAUUAGAGCAUUUCCCUUUCCAGUUGGAGCUUUCACAGGCCACAGGCAUUCAAGAUGAGAUCAUAGUACUUGUAUUGGCCAGUCAGUUUAUGACCACCCCAACAGCAUUACAAUAUAAACACUGAGAAAUAAAUUAAAUCCUGCUGCCUACCUCUCUCCCCUGCCACUCACCUGUGCUCUCUUUGCCGCCGCUUACUUGUUUCUGUGUCAACCAAGGGUCAGAUGAUGUGAAGAUCACUGUAUCGGGCAACGCAGCGGAGCAGCAGCUGAAGGGCCUACAGGGCUCCACUAUGUAUGCCGUCACGGUCACCAGUCAGCUGGGCAACCUGGACAGCUCUGCCGCCAUCACCGUCUUCACCACCACUAGUGGUCAGUCCGCACACACUCUCAAACUACCCUAAUGCUUUAACCAAUCAACUGACCCGAGACAGAGAAGAAAAGGAAGGCUGUUGUUUUUAUUGAAUCCCACAACUGAGCUUCUUGUGAUUGUGUCCAUGUCCAUCUGGCAGGAUCUGGGGGAGACGGGGAAGUCCCGCGUGACCUGAAGGCCAGUCAGGUGACUCCUCGCUCAGCUUUGUUGACGUGGAAAGCACCCUCUGCCGCCAUGGGAAGCUACAAGCUGACCUAUCAGACGGAGGGACAGGAGAUGCAGGUAAGAAACACUGAUUAAACGGUGGAGACAGACACACAUUCUAUUUUAUUCAGUACAAUAAAUUAGGACAAAAUGCAACAAACUCUAGACAGAUGGCCUAUUUCUUCUCAACAGGAGGUUACCAUUGACUCCACAGUAACAGAGUUCAAGUUGACCAGGCUGCAUCCCAUGUCCAAGUACACCGUGCAGCUACAGGGAGAGAGGGGAGGGAGCUCCACUGCUACAAUUUCCACUGAGUUCACCACAGGUAAGUGGUCAAAUAUAUUUCACUAAACUGAACAAACUAAAUACAUACAUCGAAAGCGCAGUUUCAUAAAGUUGGUCUCUCUCUUUGAUUUUGUCUCUCAGGGAAUCUCCUUUACCCCUUCCCAAGUGACUGUUCCCAGGAGCUGUUGAACGGGAUGCAUGAGUCUGGAGAGGUGGAGAUCUUCCCCAAGGGAAAGCAGGGAAAACCAGUGUUGGUCUACUGCGACCAGGUGACUGAUGGAGGCGGCUGGACGGUAAGAGGAGAUGAUUGUGAGAGGGACCAUGUGUCUAUCCUGUUGGUGAAUAGAGAGAUUGGUAUUUUUAAAUAUAUUCAGAUGUAGGCAAUAGAUUUAGCAUUAUUUGUGUCAAAUUUGACUGCAUAAUAGCAAUAUCCCUUAAAGGAAAAUACCACUCAAAAACGAUAUUUUGGUAUUUCAUUAGUAUUAGUUCACUGUUGAUACGGUCCCAAAAUGUUUUACAUGUCAGCAAUUAAGUUUUCAAGAUAUAGAACUUUCAAAAUAAGUCUAUCUUAAAAACUUGAUCGCUGACAUGCAGAACAUUUCAGGACUGUAUCAACAGUGGACUAACGAAACAAAUACCAAAAUAGUUUUUGAGUGGUAUUUUCCUUUAACUGACAUGAGAGGGAGUUAAGGGUUGGUUAAGGAUGGUAUAUGUCAGCUGUAUGAGCAUGUGUGCUUUCCAGGUUUUCCAGAGAAGGAUGGAUGGGAAAACGGACUUCUUCAGAGGUUGGAAGAACUACAGCAAAGGAUUUGGAGAACUGAGUGGGGAAUUUUGGCUGGGUGAGAGUCAUUCGUCACGCGAAGUUUGUUUUCACCCGCUUCAGCCGCAGUGCACCAGCAUAACAUCAAACAGAACUGUUAUAUUGACGACACAAAAGCUAAACCAUGUCACUUUUAUGUAAACAGUGCAAGCCCUCAUGACAGAUCAACUCUGUAAAUAGACCCAUUGCUAGGCAGAGAAAUUAAACAGAACACCAGAUGAGAUGGAUCAAUUUAAUGUGGAAAUGUAUGGCAAGAGGGUAGAAAAAAGUGGACUACUGGCACUAUUGGUGCACGAACAGAAGGAAAACCAAAAGCAGUAGCAGAGGGCCUAUCAUUCAUCAAAGCCCUUUCACUUUAUUGGAGCAAUUGGCUGAGCAUUAGCGCCAGUAGCACAGUAUCUAUGGUGGUCCUCUGUAGCUCAGCUGGUAGAGCACGGCGCUUGUAACGCCAGGGUAGUGGGUUCGAUCCCCAGGACCACCCAUACACAAACAUUUAUGCACGCAUGACUGUAAGUCGCUUUGGAUGAAAGCGUCUGUUAAAUGGCAUAUUAUAUUAUUAUUCUAACAUUGAGGGCAUCAUGCUCAUUUCUGCUGUGUAGAUCUGAUGAAAAUAAGUAUUCAGCGCCCCUUAGAGGCAAUACAUCUAGUUUCCUUCAGUUGCUCGGCAGUAAGCAGUUUUUUGUGUACUAUAACACCGUGUUUCCCACUCCUCUCUAUCCAUCUAUAGGUAAUGAGAACCUACACAAUCUAACCAACAUGGCACCAAUGACACUACGUGUGGACCUCAGUGCAGGGGACGAAUCAGUGUUUGCUAAGUACUCCACAUUCACGGUGGACACUGUUAAGAGGAACUACGCUCUCAAAGUGUCUGGGUACAGCGGUACAGCAGGUAAGAACAAAAUCUGUCCACUAAAAAGGCUUGACAUCUUAUUGUGCAUAUUUCCACAUAAUCAUUAAACCCAUCCCUUAUUUUCUCUCACUAUCCCUCUAUUCCACACCUACUGUUUCCCUCGUCACACCUGCCAUCCGUCUUUCUACUCCACCUCCCUUUUCCCCUUUCCCUCUCUACUUUUUCGUCUCGGUAGGUGACUCUAUGAGUUACCACAAUGCGCGCGUGUUCUCUACCAGAGACAGAGACCCCACGCCUUUCAUCACCCGCUGCGCCAUGUCCUAUAGGGGGGGUUGGUGGUACAAGAACUGCCACGAGGCCAACCUAAAUGGCCUCUACGACACCAAUGUCAAUCACCAGGUAAUGCCAGCUGACUUCAUACCUCAUUUCACUAUUUCAGAGUCUAUGUCAUCAAAGUAAUCUAAGUCAACUACUACAAUCAAUUACAUUUUUGGAGUGGUUUGUUAACUGAAUUGUCUCUGUGUCUCAGGGUGUGAUCUGGACUGCCUGGAAAGGCAAGGACUUUUCCAUCCCUUUCUCUGAGAUGAAGCUCCGACCAACAUCUUUCACCCCUCCAGCUCAGGGGUAA